CGGGGAAGGUGAAUAAACAAUUGUUGAAAAAAUUGGAUGUUGAUCUUAUCUUCCCCAACUGGGAGGUGGUAAAGCAAACCCUUCUACUUUUCGUUGCCAUUUCUGCAACAAGUUGGAACCUUUAAGACGUUUCAUCAUCUUUGGAAACUGAGGCAGAGGGCGGAAUGGAUUCGAUGAAAAGUCAAGAGUCAUUGAUGGAGACUGAACGCGCUUAAUCCGGUUUGGAAACAUAGAACCCGUCCAAAAAAGGAGGACAAAUUAAAGCAACGGAAGAGGAUUUGCGGUUUGGUUUUUUUAAAAGGGAUUCUUCUUGGUCUUUUCUUCUUCGUGUUUUCAUUCUAUCCAAACGUCAUCUCCUAUCUGUUUCAAAGCCCUGAUUUUAUCGUUUCAUACAUGACUUUUUUUCCUUUGAAAUUUUUUAUUUUCCUUGUGUGUGCUGACUUGUUCCCUUGUUUCUACAAUUCAUUCCUCUCUGUUUCAAGCACGUUCUUGUUUUGUUCACAUUUUCAUAUAACUAUUUUCAUCUGGGUUUUUCUUGAUUUCUUCGUUCCUUGUAUAAUUUGCAUCUUCUCCUGCACUCUUAGCUCAAUUUUUUCUUUUUCUGUCUUUGGUGCUUAUACUCUUCUGGGUCACUGAAUUUCCCUUGUUUUCUCCUGUUUCUGAGUUGGGUAUUUUUGUUUAUAUUUCACUCCAACGCCAUGUUUUUGAUGGGUUCCUUGAAUUUUAGUUAAAUGAGGGACCAUAGAAUAGCCACAGCAAUUUGAGAUUGGGAGAUUUGAUUAUAGGGCUUAGAAAUGAAGUGCUUUUGUUUUUUUUUCAAGGACAAAUCAAAGAACAAAAGAGAAGCAAAUUCUGAUACAGUAUUGAAGGACAAAAGUAAGUCAGAGAAUUCAGCUCGUAAUGGUUCCCAUAGAUCUCAGCCAUCUCCAAGGACCAUACCAGAGUUGUACAGGGAGAAUGAGCAUAAUUUGAGAGUCUUCUCCUAUGAAGAUCUAAGGGAUGCAACACAUUGCUUCAAUAGGAUGCUAAAGCUUGGAGAAGGUGGUUUUGGGAGUGUGUAUAAGGGCACGAUUAAGCCAGCCGAUGGUCAGGGUGAGCCUACAGUUGUUGCAAUUAAGAAACUCAACAAGCUUGGUUUACAGGGUCAUAAACAGUGGCUUGCAGAGGUUCAAUUCCUCGGUGUUGUUAGUCACCCAAACCUCGUAAAACUUCUAGGAUAUUGUUCUGUUGAUGGGGAGAGGGGGAUCGAACGGCUUUUGGUAUAUGAAUUUGUGCCUAAUAAGACCUUAGAGCAUCAUCUUUUCACCACGGCAUUGCCUGUUCUUCCAUGGAAGAGAAGGUUAGAGAUUAUGCUUGGUGCAGCCCAAGGAUUGGCUUACUUACAUGAGGGAUUGGAAGUGAAGGUUAUAUAUCGAGAUUUCAAAUCCUCAAAUGUCCUCUUGGAUGAAAAUUUUAAGCCAAAGCUCUCAGAUUUUGGGCUUGCCAGGGAGGGACCAACUGGUGAUCGCACACAUGUGUCAACUGCGGUGGUUGGGACAUAUGGAUAUGCUGCUCCUGAAUAUGUAGAAACUGGCCAUCUCACCAUCCAAAGUGAUAUAUGGACCUUUGGGGUAGUCCUUUAUGAAAUCCUCACAGGUAGACGAACAGUGGAAAAAAAUCGCCCAACAAGGGAGCAGAAGCUUCUAGACUGGGUAAAAGAGUUCCCUCCGGACAGUAAGCGCUUCACCAUGAUAAUCGAUCCUCGCCUCAGAAACCUGUAUCCCAUCAAUGCAGCUCGAAAAAUUGCCAAAUUGGCCAAUAGCUGUCUGGCUAAAAAUGCAAAAGAACGACCAACAAUGAGUCAGGUGGUAGAGAACUUGAAGCAAGUAAUAGCAGAAUCAGACCAAGCAAGCACUUCUCAGAACGCUAAAUCUUCACCUAAAAUGGCGAAGCAAGGACCAAAGAGGGUUUAAAUGUUUAGAUAUUAGGCUUAAAAGACUGAUUCCAUCAGACUUUCCAAAACCCUCUUUUUCUUGCCGAUUAUGAAAUUCAUUAAUAAAAUAGUUUGUGAGUUGUGAGUUGUGAGGAAUAACACAAGGUACAUAGGCACAUAGAGAGAGGUGUGGACUGUAGAUUAUGGUAUGGGAUUGUAAUUUCUUUAUGUAAGAAGAUGUUGUAUUAAAUUUAUUUUUUUAAAAGAAUUUUCAGUCCAGGAAUUAUAAAAUGAAUAAAUUGUUGUGCAAUCU